UCUCUCUCUCUCUCUCUCUCUCUCUCUCUCCUGUGAAGCACUCUGGGAUGCCAUUGCAGCCCUUUGCAACUCAGAUCCAGCGAGACGACAGCCGGCGAUGAAGCCAACCUUCUAACUUUUUGAUUUAUGCGUAUUUAUCCAUCUUCUGUUUGCAUUUUUGUUUUGGAAUUUUUUAUUUGUGGGUUUUCAGAGAUUAGAGAUGGUUUCCAACAAAUGCGCAACCCUUAUCAAGUAAGGGGUUUUCGGAGAUUGGAGAUGGUGAGUUGGAGAUGCAGCGGCAAGGGUUUCGGAUUUGCGGCUGGACAUGGGUUUGGAGCUUGCGACUAGAGGAAGUUUACCAUGCAUUUCGUGGGGGAUUCUGGAACUACUUUAGCCUGGGAAUGGACGCUCAAGUAUCUUAUGCAUUUCACUCGGAGCGAAAGUUGCUUCCUAAAAAAUUCAAAAAUCAGAUAGUUAAUCAGGGGGAUUUAUCUGGUAACUUGCUAUAUGGAUAUAUUCCGUUCUCGACAUCUAGGCUCAAACAGCUUGCUAUAUGGAGAUAUUCCGGUAACUUGCUAUGUAUGACCUUGAAAUGAAACCCACCUUUGUUCCUAAGUCUGUCAAGGCUAUUGCCAUGUUAUUCUUGGCAAUCUCAAAAUUUGGAGACACUGUCAAACACGUGACACAGCAAAACAUCCAUCACUAAAGAUAAAUAUCAAUCAAAAUGUUUAUAGUUGUCUUUUUUUCUUUGUUCCUUGUUUUUCUUUUUUAGAGUUUCACUCUCAUAGUUUUAUUUUUAUUUAUUUUAGUUGGUAAUGGGUGUAGCAUGUCACUAUCUUGGUGCUAGUAGAAGACAACUAUAUUCAUGGUAAAAAGUUUGGAAGCGGUCAACUAUCUUAGUGUUAGUUGUUAAUACUUGAAAAACCAUGUUGUUGUUGUUGUUGUUGUUUUUCCUUGUAGAAUUAUACAUACGAAUGUCGAGCCUUUCAGCUGUUAGUUGCUUUCUGUUCCACAUACAAAAUUGUUUCCUAUCACUUCUUAUGUUGUU